AUGAACGUUCACGAAAAUGACGUUGGCACGUUGCUGGGCACCUGGCGGCUGGGAGACGCAACCUCUACCGCCAUAGUGCUCCAGCCAACUCCUUCCGACGAUGCGCAGGACCCUUUGAAUUGGACAAAGUGGCGCAAGGCGAUCAAUUUCGGCUUGGGGUUAUUCUACGUCCUCAUCACGUUCGUGCUCAUCGACAUUUUUGGCAUCGCGUACAACGACUAUGUAAUAGAGCUGGGUAUGGGGUAUCAAGACUACAAUGAGAUUACGGCCUUGAACUAUGUGGGACUGGCUAUAGGCUGUGUCAUGUUCAUUCCGUUGGUCUACAAACUUGGACGUCGUCCCGUCUACUUGAUCAGUCUUACCAUCCAACUUGCCACCGCCAUAUGGGCCGCAAAGAUUCAGACCUUGGCUGAGUUGUAUCCGCUCAAUUUUAUUCAAGGCAUCGGCGGUGCAAUCAGCGAAACAAUUGUCCAAAUCAGCAUCAGCGAUCUCUUCUUUGUUCACCAGUAUGCCACCAUGAACGGCCUCUUCCUCCUCUUCCAAUCUAUUGGUGCGUUUCUUGGGCCCGUGGCCGCUGGAUACGUCGUGGUCGGUCAAGGGUGGCGUUGGCAAUGGUGGUGGUGUGCCAUCUUCUUGGGAAUGAGUCUGCUUCUGGUUUUCCUCUUCUUUGAAGAGACGGCAUACGUACCUGCUCUGCAGGGCCGACCAGCGAACAUUGAGACUGUGCCAGCCGGGAAAAAGGACGACCCAGAAACUGGUUUGGACAUCACCAGGCAGUCGUCAACAAUGGGCUCUGGUCCUAGUGCCGACAGGUCUUGGUUGGAAAAGCUCCGUCCAUACACGGUAUACGAGGGUUCCGUUCUACACCAUGCCUGGCAGCCCUUUAUCCUGCUUUUCCGUGUCCCGGCAGUACUGUAUACUGCCCUGACCUACGGGAUUCUGCUGGCGAAUUUCGCCGUUCUCACCUCGGUCGCCACGACUUCGUUGUUUUAUCCGCCUUACAAUUUCGAUACCGCCGGCGUCGGCUUGUUCAAUAUCGCGCCCUUUAUUGGAUCGUUUCUUGCUAGCAUCACGAUUGCACCACUCAGCGAUUUCAUGAUUGUGAGACUUUCAAGAAAGAAUGGUGGAAUCUACGAAUCGGAAAUGCGACUUUGGCCAGCAUUGCCUGGUGCUCUCUUCACGUGCGGCGGCUUCCUUAUGUUCGGCAUUUGUAUCGCACAGGGACGCUCGUGGGUGCUACUUGCCUUGGGGGCAGGUAUUUUUGGAUUUGGAUUUGUCACCUGCGCCGACAUAGCAUUGUCCUAUUUAACGGAUUCGUAUCAAAACCUGAUUGGUGAUGCCAUUAUUGGUGUGAUUUUCGUUCGAAAUGCAAUUUCCGUCAUCAUCCUAUUCGUACUGACGCCGUGGAUCGACGGGCUUGGCCUAGAAUACAUGUUUGUCUCGUGCGCUCUUAUCACUCUAGUGAUAACGUUGGGCUUCCCGGUAAUUCUCCUCGUGUUUGGCAAGAGAAUGCGGCAAAGCACUUCGGAACUGGCGAAUAAGUUCUCCUUGCGGCAAUCGCGACGCACGUAG